UACGAUUCAUUUCACUUGCCUUAUCGAAUCAGAGCACUCUGCUGACUCGGCUGACUCGGCUUUAUCCGAUCUUGCUAAAAAAAAUUGAAAGAAAAGGAAAAAAAGUUAUUAUCGGUAGUGACCUCACGAUGAAGUAUGUUUGCGUUAUAUCUUUUAUUUUGUUUGUCGCUCUCUGCAACGGCGUAAAGUUUCCUUUCCAACAGAGGAAUCGAGGUGGCGCUGAUGUCAAAGGAUACGAUGAAGAAGCGAAUGCUAUGAUGGAAUUGACUAUGCCAAAGCCUAUAGCAGAUGAACGAGAAGAAGAGUCACCUGAAGGUGAAAUCGUAGUUGAGGAGACCAUAGCCCCUGUUACUGCUAACCUUCUUGGCUCCGAAUCCAACCCAGCUUGCGACUACUGUCGUGGUAUGUUUGGAGGCUGUUACUGUGAAGAUGUGGAAUGGUGCCGAGGAAUACCAUGUGAAGUUAAGCAGGAGUGUGAUGAAAAAUGUCCCAUAGAGUGAAAAUUUCAAGGCUCAAGGUUGUUUUUUUCUUUCAAAGUAGACAGAUGCAAGUGAAACCAUGACACAAUUUCGUAGUCACCUGAUUUAUUAAACGCACAUUUGGAGAA